ACUAAGCAAGCCCACAGCACGCCUAUCACUCGCAUCCACGCGCAUCCACAUACGCAUACAAGGUAUCCUGGGAGCUGAACGUGGGACGCCUGAUCCGGCCUGGUUUGACUCUGAUGCGAAGCGCGGGUGACCGAUAACGCUCUUAUGGUUAUCUGCCAAUCGCCUUCUGCAGCGACGACAAUCCCUUAAUGCCCAUUUACGAAGGAUAAAAACAAGUUCAAAGGGGGAAGAAGCAGAAGCGGAAGAAGAAGAAGAAGAAGAAAGCCAAGCAGAACGGAAGCAAUUGCCUAGGCGCACGGUGCUCCUCGCGAUGAGUAGAACCAUGACGACGGUGGCCCUCCCCCGACCCGUUCCACCGCAUCGAUCCUCUUCCGGUAUCGUCGCCUUGUCUCCUAUAGCACUUGAGACAAUCAGCACCCAGCAGGUUUCCAGCACAGCGCCUGCGCCCCUCCCAAACAAGCAUAUACCCGUCUGUCCCACCGGACCGGCUCCAGCCCACAUCCGCGAACCCACCACCACCCCACCGUCGCCGCCACCGCCCUCGCGGCACCACUCGGAUGAAGGCCGCCGGCAGUCUCUGCUCCACCCACCCGAUAGAUUUGAACGCCUAGAAAAUGGGUCCGUCGGCGUCUUCAAGAUCACCGCCGCCGACCUGGCCGGCGCCAUCGACUAUCUUUCCCGCCAGCCGCUCCCGGACCCUUCGCACGUCUUUCCUUGGUUUCAUGGGAUGCACCCCAACAACCACAUCCAGCAGACCUUCUUCAUGUCGCGCAGCAAUGGCAUGAAGCAGUUUCCUGGCUGCCUACGCGGUAUCACCGUGGUGAAGGCCGACAGCGACCUCACCGUCGCGCGGCUUAAGGGGGCCGUCGCGCCGCACGAGUUCCUGCUACCCGGCGCUGUGGGCGAGUUUGUCGAGGCUGACCCGAGGGAGGGGUUUUCCGUGCGCAACUUCCAGAUCCAGACGGCCAAGACGGCCACCACCUCCGAUGUCGUUAUAUACGGCGAAGACGCUGGGCUCGUCCGCAAGCUCGGGUGGGAGGUUGCCGCAGCCCAGGCCAAGUGGCGGCGGAAGCUCGAGGCGGCACGGCAGUUGGCGACGGUCCCGCAGUACAACACCUUCGUGUGCGUUGCGCCCUUCGCCGAGUUCGAAGAACGGCACCCCGAGAUCGUGGCGGUCAACGCGAGGGGCCAGCUGACCGGCGCCGUCGUCGACCUCUUCCACCAGGAGCGCCUCGAGAUGUACUCCCUGACGCGCGCGACCGAGAUCUCGCACAACGUGUGGUUAGGACCGACCCCGGAGCCUGACAGUCCCGAGGAAGAGGGCUAUGACGUGCUUAUCGAGUGCAGCGACCUCGGGCGCUUGAAUCCGUCCGCGCUACGGGCCAUCGCUGAGGGCCCCGCCAACAGCACAAAGAAGAGCACCCCCGCCUACCUCGACUUCCCAUCCUCGGGUAGCAUCAUGCCUCCGACGUGGUCGCAUGCUGAGGCCGACGGCAUCCUCGACACGUGCAAGUGGAUGUGGCACCUAUCGCAGGGCACCUUGCCUCCGAGGCCGUGUCUGGACGAUAUGACUGACGAAGACGGCGAUUCCUACAUGUCCGACGGGUCGUCCUCGUCAUGCUCGACGUCCGCGGACGACGAGGGAAAUAGCGGGGAGGAGCAGGCGACUAAGCCCCGCCGCCGCCAACGGUGGUACCCGCGGCGCCCGGAACGCAGGAUCCUGAUCCACUGCGCGGACGGGUACACGGAGUCGACGGUGCUGGCUAUUGCGUACUUCAGCUACAGCACGGGGCGAACAGUAGCGGCGGCGUGGAUGGACUUGCACACCGAGCUGAAGCGCAACUUCUUCGCGUACCCCACGGACGUGGGGCUGCUGACGUCGAUCGCGGUGCGGCUUCUGCACGAGUCGCCGGUCUGCUUCCGACCCGACGCGACGGACGAGAAAAUCGCCCCGAAUAACCAUGUCGCUAACCACGACGGCGGCGAUGACAGGAAAAUAAAGCCGAGGAAGAGGAGGCCGAGGAUGAGCCUGUCGGAGGUAACGGCGCUGGUGCGGCAGGAGCCCCGGUGGCUAGCGUCUUUGGACGGCUCGUUCCCGAGCCGGAUCCUCGACUACAUGUACCUGGGCAACCUCGGGCACGCGAACAACCCGGAGCUGCUGAAGGCACUGGGGAUCCGCCAGAUCCUGAGCGUGGGCGAGACGGCGAUGUGGCGGGACGGCGAACUCGAAGAAUGGGGCGUCGAUAAUGUACACGUCGUCGAGAAGGUUCAGGACAACGGCAUCGACCCGCUCACGAAAGAGUUUGAGAGGUGCCUGAAGUUUAUUGAACGCGGACGACGGAACGGCACGGCCACCCUAGUUCACUGCCGUGUCGGGGUCUCACGGAGCGCGACGAUCUGUAUCGCGGAGGUGAUGCGGGCGAUGGAGUUGUCCUUCCCGCGGGCGUACUGCUUCGUCCGGGCGCGGCGCCUCAAUGUCAUCAUCCAGCCACACCUGCGGUUUGCGUACGAGCUGCUCAAGUGGGAGGAAACCUUGCAGGGGCGUCGCCACCACCGUCAGCACAAGCAUCAGCAUACCCGGCAGCAGCGGUCGCGCGCCAGGAACACUGCCGUAGAAGACACACACGCUCAACAUGAGGGGGGAGGGGGCAGCGGAGGCGGGCGGACGGGCGGAGGCACGGGGUUCCGUAGGGAAUUGGAGUGGGGCGAGAUCGCAAGGGAGAUCGCGCUCAUGAAUAAGCCCUACGCCAGGUAGACGGCGUGGCAGCCGUAUGCCUACCACCCACCUGCCUACCCUGCCUGCCCUCGCGGCGCCGCCGGUCCGGACGACGAAGCAGCGAGUUCCACGCCCCCGCCAAAUCCCCAUCCCCCCAACCGUUUCGAUGAAGCUGUCGUGCGGAGCUACAAGCAACUCGGCUGUGGCGUCUGCCGCAACGAUGCCUGCCUACUUGCACAUAAGCGGAUGCUCAUCGAGAGUUGGCGGUGAUCGUAGUGCUGGUAAUGGUAAUGGUAAUGGUAAUUGGGGGGGGGGGGGCGCGGAUAAGUAAA